AUGGCUCGAGUCCCCAAGGAAUACGUCGAGUGCGAUCAGCACGAAAAGGCUUACCAAAAGCAAGAUGCCAUUUUUGUCGCACGAAAGCGUGCUGUCAGUGCUUCUCGCGCCAAGCCCAUGCGUUUCGUCAAGAACGUUGGUCUAGGUAUCAAGACUCCUGAUGCCGCCAUUGAAGGAAAUUUCGUCGACAAGAAGUGCCCCUUUACCGGAAAUGUUUCCAUCCGUGGAAGAAUCCUCAAGGGACAAGUCAUGUCCACCAAGAUGAAGCGAACCAUCAUUGUCCGAAGAGACUACUUGCAUUACAUCCGAAAGUACCGUCGUUACGAGAAAAGACACAAGAACAUUGCUGCUCACUGCUCUCCUGCCUUUCCUGUUAAGGACGGAGAUCUUGUCACCAUUGGUCAAUGCCGUCCUCUUUCCAAGACGGUCCGAUUCAACGUUGUCGCACAUGAACCUCAACGUGCCAUUGCCGGAAAGAAGUCCUUCCGUGUCUUUUAA